AUGGAGGAUGAGGACGUGGCGAUCUGCUUGUUGUGCAGCCUCCCCAAGAGAUGCGAGAACGUCGUGCUGGACUUGGAGAUGAGCAGCGCGGAACUGCGGACGCAAGACGUCGUGAAAGUGCUGACGAUUGAGCACAUCAAGAGACAAGGAAACAAGACGACAUCGGUGAAGACUGAAGAAGCGACCAAGGCCUUCAGUACCGAGCGUGAGAAGGAAGACUAUCGGGGAGCUCGACGCGGCGGCAAUGCUCGUGGACGCGGAGCGAAUCAAGUUCAGUGGCAAGGCUACAACGGCAACAACAACUAUGACUAUGAUCGAGUGGCGUUUGCUGUUUCGCUGGAAUGCGGACUUUUAACGACCAGGAGCAUGUCUAGAAUGUGGGCGAUUGACAGAGGUACAACGCACCUUAUCUGCUAUGACAAGUCCAAGUUUGAAGUUCUUGACGAGCGCAAUGAAGGUGAAGUGUUGGUUGCAGAUGGGAGCAAGGCUGCGAUCAACGGUGUCGGGACAAUCGUCGAAAAGGUGAUCCUGUCCAACGGUGAAGAGCACGAAGUCGAGAUCAAGAACGCGCUUUACGUCCCAAGCAUGAACAAGAACUUGCUUUCGAUACCACAAAUCAACAAAAGCGGCAAGUUUCAAGUGGUGUUUGAUGGUGACGAGAUGAAGAUUUUGCACAAGGACUCCAAGCAAGUAAUGGCGAUGGCCGAUCUUGUGGAUGGCCUCUACUGGCUUCGUACAUCCCAAGUGUGA